AUGCGACGACUGCAGGCGUAUUGGCGCGUGGUCGAGCCGACCAAGUCGGCCGCCCAAAUCGACGCCGAGACGUACGCGGUGUACAUUGGCAUCGGGCCGGAUGUCUACUAUCGCGCGACGUGCCUCCGCUUCCAUCGCUGGAUGCUCUUCCUUGCCGCCUUUGUCUCGCAAAUCUGCUGCGGAUCGCUCUACGCGUACAGUCUCCUCAUCAAGCCGCUCUCGGCGCGUCUUGGCGCGACCGACGAGGCCGUGUCGCUGCCCUAUUACGUCGCGUACGCGUGUGUCGGUGUCGCCGCUGCUGUCGCCGGACCGUUUGUCGAGCGCCACGGACCCCGCGCAGCCAUCGCCGUCCUCGCCGUCGCGACGCAGAGCCAUGCUCUCUUGUACGGCUACGGCCUCUUGUACGGCUCGGGCGUCGGCAUCAACUACGUCACGCCGAUUGCGCCGCUGCAAAAGUGGUUCCCGGAUCUCCGUGGCACGGCCGCGGGCUUUGCGCUGUGCGGAUUUGGCGCGAGCGGCGUCGUCUGGGGCGGCGUGUACCAGCUCCUCCUGCGCGACUUGGGUCUAUUGCACGUGUUUGUCGUUGGCGGUGUCAGCAUGACGCUGCUGCUGCUCGUCUGCGCCAUCGUGCUGCGAACACCGCCACCGGCCUACCGCGUCCACGGGCUCGAUAUGCACGGCGUCGAGGCGUUCGCGGGGGACUCGCUGAGCCUCGUAGACUUCGCCAAGGCCCACGACGACCGAUGGCCCGAGCUCGACACGACCGAGCGCGUCUACCACGACCGCAUCCAGCACCAGAGUCUGCGCACGUGCGUCCUGUCGGCCGACUUUGUGUUCUUGUACGCGACGUACAUGGCGACGUUUGUGUUUGGCAUUGUCUACCUGCCCCACUUCUACGACCUCUACAUGCUGCUCGCCACGAGCGAGACCGAGUCGGACGCACUCAACUUUUUGCUCGUCGCCGCGAUUUGCAAUUUCCUCGGCCGGCUGCUCUUGCCGAUCGCGUCGGACGUGCUGAUCCACUGCGCGAAUCUCAACCCGCCCUUUGGCCGCAAGCUCGUCUUUGGCGUCGCACUUGGUGUGCAAAGCAUCGUGCUCGGCCUCCUCCCCAAUGCGCUGCGAGAAAGAGACGUCGAGACGUUUGCCGCGAUGGUGUGGGGCCUCGCCGUGGUCCUUGGCGGCGCCACCGGCACCUUGCCCUCGCUCUGCACCGACUUGUACGGUGUCUACAACACGGGCACGAUGUUCGGCAUCCUUCUCACCGGGUCGUCGCUCGUCGGGCUCGUCGGCGGCUACGUCUUUACGCGCUGCUUUAGCGCCUGGAAACACACGUCCGAACUCGACGCCUAUGUCGCCAACGUGCACUGGGUCCACGCGGUCGCGCUCAGCGGCCUCCUCUUUGUCUGCCUCGUGCGCACCAACCCCGUCGAUCGGUUCCAGCCCGGCUACACACUCUGUGGCCGUCGCCUUUGUCGGUAG